AUGGAAAACAGGAAAAAUUAAAAAUUCAGGAGUUUAAAGCAUUGCAAAGUCAGGUUUAUGAACCGUAAUAAAAAAAUAUCCUAUUUCAGUCUGUGUGGAUGCCACAAUUUGGAGUAACUAUAAAAUAGGAAUUUUCAAUAAUUUCAACAAGAAUAUAUAUCAUGCCGUUCUGGUUGUAGGUUAUAAUACUUCAGGUAAUUGGAUCAUUAAGAACUCUUGA